AUGCCGCAGUUUUCCGGUGGGGGAGACCGUCACCGGGAAACAUCUCUACAGCAGCCUCACCGCGGCGUCCCUUAUGCGGAUUGCUGCACAGAUUGUGCAGGGGCCCAGACCUGCAGGGGAGUUCCGGAGGAAGUAAACCGAUGCAUCUUCCAAACGGAAGCUUCGGCGGAGUCCCUUGAGCGGAACGACUUCUCCUGGGGUUUCCUGUCCAAGCACGAUGGCAGGGGCCGGAACACCACAAUUAUCGUCGGCAUGCUGCGGGAAAAGGCGAAGGCGACAGAGUUUUGGGACUCGGCUGACACGAUCUUCACAAGUGUGGGGAAAGUAGAAGCAGGGACGGAAGCGGCGGCGACGGUCGUGGGGAAGGCUUCGGACAUCGGGACGAAGGCCUACCACGUUCUGCCCCACUUCUUCGAAGUGGAUCUCGUGAUUGAGAUCCCCCCGCCCCUGAGCGGCGGGGGGAAACAUCUCAAGUUUUACAGGUUUGAGAUCCCCCAACACGCCUCCGUCCGGCUUAACCAACUCCGCCCCGGCGAUCCCCUCUUCCUCAUCAACCCCGAAACAGAUGACCUCAUCGGGGCGUGGAUGAUGACGGCGGUAGACGUUCCGCCGGACAGAGACGGGAGCGAAGCCACGGAAGAGCUUUUGUCGUCCUUUCCGGACAAAGAUGCUCUUGCGGCCUACUUUUCUGUGGACCCGGCUGCGCCCCCACCUCCUCGGGGAUGGACGCGCUGGGCUUACACCAGCUACAUGGGCUCCUACGAGGACGCGGACGGUGCUUGGAUGUCUUUCUUUAUCCCUGAAGCAGAGUUCCGCGCAAUCCGCUACCACGUCAUGGAGCAUAAGCCGGGAGCCUCCGGAACAGGCGAAGGGAAGUAUACCCUGCGCGAACUGCGCGCGCACGAGUCCCCUGCGGCCAUGUUCGGGACCCCUGCAUUCUACCCAAUCAAAAGGAAGCCGGGGGCCCUCCAGAUCAGCCUCUACUCUGAGUACUUCAGCAUGCUGGCUGGACGACUUCCUCCCGACCCCUUCGCCCUCGUCAAAGACGGAAAGAACCUCCGGUUUCUGCGGUGGUUCCCCGACUUCAUCGUUACUGGGCCCUCAGAACCUCUCCCCCCGGGCCCAUCGGCGGAGUGGUACGUGUUCACACCGGGACAGCCCCGGAUUGAUCAGUUGAUCAACAUGCUGAACGCGGGCGGCGCAACGGCGCUGGGCGACAACGUCUUCACCUACGUCAUGCAGGAUCUGCCCCGGUUGAUCACCAACCCCCCCCUCACCGGGGCAAGCCUCCGGAAGUACUCGGGCUUCGUCACCCAGGUCGGGCAGUUGACCUCCCAGUGGGGACACACGACCGCCCCUCACCUGAACCUGCAAAUGAUCGCCGCCUUCAACA